AUGGCGACUCCAGCGAUCGAGCAAAAGACCACUGCCAGCCACGAUGUCCAGGCUAGCGAGCAGCCAGCGGAGAGCAGGGCUACCAAGGCCAGCAGCAAGUCUUCUUCGCUGAGCGACCUUUCCGACAAGAAGGGGGACGUUGUUGUCGACGAGAAAGCCUAUUCCAGGGAUGACCUCGUCGACGAGGAGCCAGUCCCCUUCCAAUGGGUGAACUGGUUCUUCCGCCGACCAUACAAGCCCAUCGAUCCAAAUGCCAUCGCAACCCGCCGCUCCGUGUACGACGAUCCGAUCUUGGCCCCUCAUUACUGGCCUAAGCCAACGUACGAAAACUAUCACCGCAUCGACAUCGAUGCUCGUUGGACGAACAAGGAGGAGCAGGAGCUUGUCCGGAAAAUUGACUGGAAAGUCAUGUUGUGGGACUUUAACUUGGGCAACACAGUGUUCCGAUUGGCGUUCCUGUCUGCCGAACUUCCCUCUCAAAUUAUCUCCAAGAGGCUUGGUCCCGAUGUCUGGAUUCCCAUCCAAAUGUGUGGUUGGUCGAUCGUGACAAUGGUCCAGUUCUGGUUGAACGGACGCACAUCUUUCCUCGUUUGUCGCGCACUUCUUGGUCUCCUUCAGGGCGGUUUCAUCCCCGAUCUAAUCCUUUACCUAUCGUAUUUCUACACCAAGAACGAGUUACCCAUCCGCUUAUCACUCUUCUGGAUGUCCAUGCACGUUUGCUCUAUCCUUGCGAGCUUCAUCGCAUUCGGUGUCCUUCGCAUGCGCGGCAUCCUCGGAAAGGAGGGCUGGAGAUGGCUGUUCCUCAUCGAGGGAGGUAUCACGCUACUUAUUGGCAUUGCGACCUUCUUCAAGAUGCCUCCAGGUAUCACCCAGACCAAGACCUGGUUCCGACCCAAGGGCUGGUUUACGGACCGCCAGGAGGUCAUUGCCGUCACUCGUAUCCUCCGUGAUGACCCAACCAAGGGAGACAUGCACAACCGCGAGGCGCUCACUCUCAAGCUGCUGUGGAAAGCUUUUCUCGACUACGAUCUCUGGCCUCUAUACAUCAUCGGCAUCCUGUUCGGAAUCCCAGCCUCGCCACCAGCCACCUACCUUACCCUCUCUCUCCGCAACCUUGGGUUCAGCACUUUCCAAAGCAACUUGCUAACCAUACCUUCAACCUUUGCGACCAUCGUCACGAUGUACAUCCUUGCCGUCAUCUCCGAAACCGUCCACAACCGUGCAUACGUUGCCAUGAUCGAGGACGUCUGGGUUCUUCCUUUCCUCAUCGCUCUCCGCGCACUUCCCGACGAUCCCAACCCAUGGCUGUUCUAUGGUCUCGCCACCGGCCUGCUCUCCUACCCCUACACCCACCCUAUUCAAGUCGGCUGGUGCUCCCGUAACGCAGGAGGCGUCGCAAGCCGCACAGUCAACGCCUCACUCUACAACAUGUUCGUACAAGCAUCCGGCAUCAUCUCCGCCAACAUCUACCGCCAAGACGACGCGCCCAACUACCGCCGGGGCAACACCGUGCUCAUCACCAUCUGCGCCUUCAACUGCUUCAUCCUCUAUCCCGGUGUCAAGUACUACUAUGUCUGGCGUAACAAGAAGAGGGAUGAGAUUUGGGAUAAGAUGACCUCAGAGGAAAAAGCGAAUUAUCUAGCCACCACGAAAGACACGGGGAACCGACGUCUCGACUUCCGAUUCGCCCAUUAG